GAAGAUCAGCACCUAGAUUAGUUUACACUCACUGGUGUUACCCGAUGCAGAAAUUUGGUUAUAAGUGGCGCCCAACUUCACUCUGACUGCAACACCCACGCAGAGGCAGGCCCUUUACAAGGAACUGCUGCUCCUUUCUUAGACCCUGAACUGGAAAAGCUGCACAUCAGAUCUGAACUUUGUUGCUGCUUUCGGCGAUGCCAUGGGCCACGUACCUCGUUUUAUCUUCAGCAGUGUCCCAAGUCCAGCUAUCAUUGCUGUAUCAGAAGGAGCGGUUCCAGUUUGUGGACAUUGGAAGGACAGCACAGAUCUCAUGCACUGUUACAGAAGAUAUUGAUGGCAGAGGACUAGAAUUCCUUUGGUACAGAAGGAGAGAGAAAGAGCUCACGUGUUUAAUCGAGAGUUGUUUAGAUAAUGACACUGAUGGGAAAUUUGUUUGCAAAGUGGGAAGCCAACACUUGACCCUGGAAAUCUCCAAUGUCCGAGUGGAAGAUUCCGGCCUAUAUAUGUGUGCUGAAAGAUAUUGGGACUUCUACUCCUUAUCUUUCAGCAAUGGAUCUUUUCUGGUCGUUGGAGACAGUUAUACCCCAAGCACCUGGGUGAUGCUUUUGCAACCUCCUAAGCAAGAUCCACCUGCCCAGUUCGAGAACCAGCUCGCUUGCGUGGUUCAUGGAGCGUCCAGCUUAGUCCAGGUGUCCUGGGACAUCCCCGGAGAUCUCCGGCAUGAGGCCAGGACCCUUUUGGUGAAAAACAGCAGUGGCUCCUUAACGUUCAUCAGUCUCCUUCAUGUCCCUAUGGAUUCACACAUCAGUGGUGAAAAUGUCACAUGUGAAGUCAGGUUCAACUCUUCGGGCCCCAGCGUGAAGAAGAGUGCUGUGUUCAAUGCAACUUCCUCCAGAGACGUUGCCAAUGACUGCACAACCUACAGAGUGUCUGUGGCUGCCGUGGGCAUCUUGGCGUUGGUGCUGAUUGUCCUGAGCUUCCUUUGGGUCUGUCUCAACCAGUGUAAUCUAGAAUUCCAGCGCAAGAUCUCCAAACCUCCAUCUUCUGAGGUGUCCCAGGAUGACACUGGCUAUGCCCAGCUGAAUCUUCUCUCAAAGUCUGGCGAUGGGAACAAGAGGAAUUAAGAAUUUCUCAGGGGAGAAAUGAAAAUGUGACCUCAAAAGAUUUGACCAACUGAUGACGAUGACAACAGGGAAUCCGUUGGUAGAGAUAGUUCAUCGACUCCAACCUGGGCACCUGUGGUUCAAGCCUCGGCCCAGUCCCAUACUAAAUCUGAGGCUCUAUGCAGAAUGUGACCUGCUGAUCUCUGUCUCCCAUCAGUAACAGUGGAAUAAAUUAGGAACCAGCCUGAAAUGGUAUAUUGUGAAAAUGAUCAGGUUUGUUAUGUAUUUUAUGGCAAAAUACCUACAUGAAUGAAGGAAUGACUAAUGAUACACCUGACCUUUUUGAAAACGUAUGCCCCACGUUCAGGUCCAGACUGAGACCCCCGCAGGAGAUUUCCUUCCUGAUCCAUAGGUAGCAAAGGAAUAUAGGAAGCUGCCUUUCACUCAGUAUUGCCUACACUGACUGGCAGCAGUUUCCCAGUGUUUCAGGCAGGGGAUCUUCCCAGUCCUACCUGGAGAAGCCAGGGGUUGACCUUGGAACCUUUUACAUGCAAAGCGUGGCUAUGACUUUUUUCCCCUUUUGACAGAAGUGGGUGAAAUUUGCAGGCACAGUAACUCCUCCAGAGUUGAUAAUGCCUUUCAAAUUACCGGCAGAUAGUUCCCAGAUUUCUUGUGCUGGGUACCUUUAACUUUUUUUUUUUAGUGGAAUGUCUAUAUCUUUUUUUCUUUGGGGGCAGAAUUGGAUGCAAUUUACAGGCAAGGUCGUUCUUUCUGAAAGCAAGUCUGCUCCGUCUUCUGUGUGGCAGCUCUUCAGAUAUUUUGAAGUUCUCUCCUCCCCCACUUAAACUUCUCUUCCCCAGGCUAAACACCCCCAGUUCUUUCAGCUGCUCCUCUUAGGACUUGGUUUCCAGACCCUUCACCCCCACGAGAUCACCAGGAAUAUGAUUUUCUUUGAAGGCCCCAUCAUCUAAGGCAAGGAAAGUGCCUGUAAGGGACACUUCUCUUGAGUGACACUCUCCUAAUGAAACUCUUUGCCUGGGCUCCACAGGUCCACCUUCAGUGUGAUUUUGCAGAGGUUUAUCCACACUUUCUUCUGUUUCUGUCUAGAGAGAAACCUUUGCAAUGUAAAAUAGUUGCUGGGCUUGACUCUGCUAUUUUAUGGAGAGAUUGUCUUCAUUUAUGUGGGGUUUUUCUGUUUGCUUUGUCUUAAUUGCUUUUGCAUUUUGCAUUCUGUCGUGUAUUCUUCAUUUUAAAAGCUCAAAGCCAAAACAAAAGUUUAACCAAGCCAGCUAACUCCUAGCCUGGUAUCUACAAAAGGCUAUGACCAUGAGGACUGUCUACAUGCUUUAUCAUUUGUGGGUGUCCCUAGAGAAACACACAGAAGCACAUUAUUUUUUCUCACUAUGUCCAUUUCACAGAUCAAGAAAGACAACAGGAAAUCAAAGAAUCAGCUUGCUCUUUGAGAGCUAUUUCUGGCAGUCGCUAACUGGCCAUCUCUGUGGGUUAAACAGACCACAUGUACGUUAAAGUCCUGGGUAUGAACCUCAGUUACAGACACCUUUGGUUAAAUUAAAAACAAGAGUCCGCCUGAGUCAAUCCUUCUGUUCUUGUCGGUUUUCACACCC